AUGAUUAUCAGCCUUACAGGAGAAAAAACACAAAAAAUUAAGGAAGCUUGUCAAAAGUUUCUACAAUCUCCUCAACCUACAAUACGGGAAGUGGCUAGAGUCAUUGGCAUGUUAACAGCUAGCUUCCCAGGAGUAAUGUUUGGGCCAUUACAUUAUAGGCACUUAGAUAUGGAUAAAACUGUGGCCCUGAAAAUAAGAAAAGGCAAUUCUAAUAAGACCAUGACUCUUUCAGAUGAGGCUAAGCACGAGCUGAGCUGGUGGGUAAGCUCAAUUGAAAGUGCAUACAAUGUGGUUAGUCACGGACAAGCUGACACAACCAUGACCACAGAUGCCUCAAAAACGGGUUGGGGUUGCUCCCUAGCUGGCACACCUACAGGUGGCUCAUGGGACUCUGGAGAAUCGGAGAAACACAUUAACUGGCUGGAAGUUAAAGCCAUAUUACUCAGUCUAAAAUCAUUCAUGUAG